AUGUUGUCCCAAGCACCCUCACCUUCCCCACCCACCAGGCAGGCUAUGCUGUCCCUUGGACUGUCCACUAGGGAGCCUAUGCUGUUGCUGGAGUUUUCGCCAUCUGCCAGACAGCCAAUGCUGUCUCCUACACCCUUCGCCAGGGAACCUAUGCUCAGCCAGGGGUUUUCACCAUCCACCAGACAGCCAAUGCUGUCCCCUACACUGUCCGCCAGGGAGCCUAUGCUGACCCAGGGCUUUUCACCUUUUGCCAGGCAUGCUAUGCUAUCCCCUGCACCUUCCACCAGAGAGCCGAUGCUGAUGCAGAACUCUUCACCUGCCACCAGACAGCCUAUGCUCUCUCCAGCACCUUUUACGAGGGAACCGACACUUGCACAGGAGCUUAUGCCAUCCGCCAGGCAGCUGAUACUCUCCCGUAGCCCAUCUUCCAUCGCCAGGCAGGCCAUGCUCCCAGAGACUCCCUCAAGCUCUUCUAUCAAUUCGUAUGAAUUUCUGUCUCUCAUAGCUGCUAUGCUCACAGAUGACUUUGGCAUCUCAUCUUCCAGGUCACCAAUGCUGUCACCCGCACUCUUGCCACUUUCUCAAGUCUGCCUCGCCACACCCACUCUGCCGCCAAGGUUCCCACACCUGCAAGGUCUCAUGCAAAAUUCACCCUUGCAUUGUCAUGUGUUCAUGGCUGGAAGAUCUGAAGCUCCCAUGCAUAAUUCAUCGGAUCGCACUCCCCAGGCUCCUGGAGGAAGUUCCGCAAGAGUGGCGAUGGAGCUUUAG